AUGGAGUGUAAACCUGCCAUCACGACUGUCUCCCUGGGAGCUGCAAAAUACCACAGUAUCUUCGACAAGAUUGAGGAAGCCGCAAAAAAUGGCUUCAAGGCGAUCGAGUUGUUUAUCGACGAUCUCGAGACUCUUGCCCGCGGCAUCCGCUCCUCACCUGCCUCCGUCACCCCUCCUCGCGAUGCAGUCCUCGCUGCCGCCACCCAGAUCCGAGGACACUGCGACAAGCUGGGAGUCACUGUUCUCAACCUCCAGCCGCUGCGCUUCUACGAGGGCCUGGUAAAUCGCAAGAAGCGCAACCAGAUCCUGGACGAGGUGGUGCCCAUUUGGAUGGAUGCGCUCACCAUUCUUGGCGCCGACACCAUCCUGGUCCCUUCCAACUUCCUCCCCGAGGACCCGGCCACUGAACUGCCUCAAACCGUCGGUGAUUUCGAUAUCAUCGUCGACGAUCUCCGCGAACUGGCCGCACGAGGUGCCCAGCACCAACCGAUCAUCAAGUUUGCUUACGAGGCGCUGGCCUGGGGCACGCACGUCAACACCUGGGAAAAGUCCUGGAAGAUCGUUCAGGCCGUCGAUCGCCCCAAUCUAGGCAUCGCUCUUGACACCUUCAACAUCGCCGGCGCCGUCUUCGCCGACCCCACCACUGCUGAUGGCCGUGUGGCAGGCACGGCCGAGGCCGAUCUACGCAGCUCGCUGGAUCGGAUGGCCUCGACUCUCGACCUCAGCAAGCUGUUUAUUGUCCAGAUAGCCGACGCCGAACGUCUCAGCCAGCCUCUCCUUCCGGGACACCCAUUCUAUGUCGCGGGCCAGCCCAGUCGACUGAGCUGGUCGCGCAACUGUCGCCUCUUCCUUUGCGAGUCCGACCGGGGCGGCUUCUUGCCCGUCCUCAGCAUCCUGAAGGCCAUCAUCGACCUCGGCUGGUCGGGAUACCUCGCAUACGAGAUCUUUUCACGAUCACUGGCCUCCACAGACCACCAGACACCCGCGCAACAUGCGGAACGGGCCAAGCGGUCCUGGCAGCAGCUGUGCCAGGUUGGCUCGACCAAGGACACUCCGUCAAAAACAUUAGACUCCGCAAAGGAGCCGACAAAAGAACCUACCAAGGAGCAAAAGCCCCCACACGGGACAGAGUCCCACAGCCACAGGAUGGGUCUGAUAGAGACAGUGGUUCAUGGGGUGGAGACGGAGGUGGACCGGGGCAUCUCAUUUGGAGGGGGUGUGCUGUCAAUGAUUGCCUCUCGCGCGGAGGCCCUGUAA